CACCUCCUUCACUCUGUCCAUCUCUUCGCCUCCCCUUCCUCCCUCUCUGGGCACUGGGCGGUGUAUGAUCGGUCCUGAGCGCUCCUCCUCUUCCUAAUAUCCGGAUAAUAGCGGGUGUAAAGUGGAUUUGAACUUGCAGCCAGAGCUGAGAGCUGGAGGACGACAUCUGUUGGAGAAGAACCGCACAAAUACGCGCAUCCAGACUUCGCCGUCGGUUCGGGACCUACGGGAGUUAAGUUUGGAAACUUUUAAGUGACACAAAACAAGUGGAUUUUUGGACUUUUUACGCAUUUGCAAGAUUGUGUCGAGAUGAUUGGACACACCCUCACACACCUGCUCUGGUUUGUGUGUCUGUGUUCGGCUCAACCAGCGCCUCCACGUACGAUGAUGAAGAUGGAGAAGAACUCUCCUGCAGCUGGAUCUCUGGCCGGCAAGGUGGUGCUUCCUUGUCACUUCUCCAUAAUGCCAGCUUCUCCCACCACGUCUACACACGGCCCCACGUCUGCACCUCCUCCCAGCACGAGUCCUGACGAGCAGCUCCGGAUCAAGUGGGUGAAGCUGGACGGGUCGGAGGAGAAGGUGGUGCUGGUGGCUCAGGGAGGGGUGGUGAAGGUGGGGCAGGAGUUCCGUAGCAGGGUGUCGGUGCCGAGCCACCCGCUGUCGGUCGGGGACGCCUCUCUGAUGAUGGUGAAGCUCAGGGCCAGCGACGCCGGGCUGUACCGCUGUGAGGUGAUGCACGGGAUGGAGGACACUCAGGACACCGUCAGCCUCAAUGUUACUGGUGUUGUCUUCCACUACAGAGCAAAUACCAGCCGCUACACUCUGGAUUUCCCUGCAGCUGUGGAGGCGUGUCACUCCAUCGACGCCUCCAUCGCCACACCCGAACAGCUGACCGCUGCCUUCGAGGACGGCUUCGACCAAUGUGACGCCGGCUGGCUUGCCGACCAGUCAGUCAGGUACCCAAUCACAGUGCCCCGUCCCGGCUGUGCAGGUAAUCUGCUGAGUCGACCAGGUGUCAGAACGUAUGGCCUCCGCGACCCCACAGAGACAUAUGACGUGUACUGCUACGUAGACAAACUGAACGGUGAUGUCUUCUACCCCCCAUCCCUCAAAGACAAGGUCACCUGGCAGCAGGCAAAUGAGGAGUGUGAGAAGCACGAUGCUGUGUUAGCGUCGCCUGGCCAGCUGUUUGCAGCCUGGAGGGCAGGACUGAACCGUUGCGACUACAGCUGGCUGUCUGACGGCAGCGCCCGUUACCCCAUCACCAUCCCUCGGCCGCAGUGUGGAGGAGGCCUGCUGGGCGUCCGCACACUCUACAAGUACGAAAACCAAACUGGAUACCCAGAUCGCAGCGACCGCUAUGGAGCAUUCUGCUUUAAGGCUAAACUACCAGAUCCGACUACUGUGAGUUCCCAGGUGAGUACAGCUGCGUCCAACCCCACAUCUGCUCCUCACACUCCAGCACCCUCACACCCUGAAAAAGCUGAAAUCCAAACAGCAGGACCAGAGCCUGUCGCAUAUUCACCAACAGAGAGCCCACUGGCAGACUUCACCUCCCCUCACACCUCAACCUCAGCGAUCCCUUCUACCACCUUCAAUGACUUUGACGUUCAAGAUUUCAGUAACUCACACAAGGUAGAGUCAGUCCCCAUCAGAGGAGACACUUUGAUCCCCAUGCAGCUCCCUCCGUUACCCACCUCCCGCUUGCAGCCCGAACACCUCGACAUCUCCCACACAGGGGAGGAGGGAGGCCAGGCAGGAUCAGGCCGGGGUGAGAGCAGCGGCAGUGGGGAGGGAGGCAGCAGCGAUGACAGCUCUGGAGAAGUGACCCCAGGAACCACACUGAGACCAAGCUGGCUUCCAGAGGUCAGUGCAGGGAUGGAAACUUCGUCACUGGAAGUCACCCUGAGCCCUUCAGAGAUCACUGCAGUUACCCCACUGACUGUCACACGAGAGCCAGACCUGCCAGCUGGGGUCAGAGAGGAUGGGCAACAACCUGCUGUGGUUUUCAAAGAGGACGUCACCCCCGGAGCUCCACCAAUGUUUGACCUUGAGUCUCUGGACAUGUCUGCAGGCGGAGAGUCAUCAGGCAAACCUCCGUUCCACGUCAUCCUUGUCAACGUGCACAGCCAGAACCAGUCAGUGGACCUUGUCUUGGACCUCCUAAACCAGCCUGGGAACAUCUCCCGGUUUCCCCACAUCACCGACCUCACUCAUCUCACCAGUCAAGCUAUCCAAGGCAGUGGGGACGCCGACUCCCUUGAUCCAUCUCCCAUCAACCUGCCUCCAAUGGUCAGCUUUGUCAACGGAAAAGAUGAGGUGACGCUGGCACCAGAACAGCCAGAGGAAGCCCGAGGUGAUCAGUUUGAGACGGCCACCCCUAUUCAUGUGGAGGAGGUGGAGGUCGAGGAGAGGGAGGAGGACUCCAGUGUGACUCCCUUCGACUAUGGUGUCAUAGAAAUACACACAGACGAGACACCUACUGAGGAAAGCAGUGAUCAGGUCUCUCAUCCUACAGAUACAUACCCAGAUGUAGGUUCAGUCUCUAGUGUGGGAGCCGACACAUUUCCUGAUGUCUUCACGGAUUUUGAUGGACUCAGAACUCAAGAUGAAACAGCGACAAUCACCAUAUUUACUCCGCCUGUUUCACUACCAAUGUCUACCACACCAUCAAGCUCAGGAGUCUCCACCUAUGAGGACACGGAAGGCUCUGCAAGCCGCCCCACUGAUGAUGUGCCUGGCGCUACACUUGAGAGCACUGGUGCUUUGACCACGCCGGCUGCAGGUGGCCAGCCAGGUGUGAUGACAGACGAGACAGAAAUUGGAGGGACAGAGCCUCCGACUUUUAUGCCUGACACAAAGUCAGAGGAAACCACCACACCGGCACAAACAGAGGACUUAGAGGGCUCCGCCUCAGGAGAAGACGAGGCCUCAGGGCAGGACGUAUACCCACCAGAGACACCCACACUCACCAGCACACUGCGGCCGAUUCACUCCACCCUCCACACCACGCAGCUCCCACCUGCAACCGGCAGUGAAGCCACAGAAGAUGCUGUACCAGAAACUGGCUCAGGUGCAGAUCAGCUGUCUGGGGAUGGGGAGACGUCAGGGGAGGUCACGGUUUCACCAGCGGUGGCAGCUGUGACUUUUGGAGACCAAACCACAGACGUAAAGCACACAACUGUAGAAGGUACCACACUGGCACCCUCCACACAUCCCUCCCUUGCUGCAACAGAUGCUAAGAAACAUCCAGCAGUCACCACAGAGCCUCCAAACACAACCUCAGGCGACCACACUGAGCUUUACAGCGAACACACUGAUCCGUCCACUACAACCUCCACACAGGAUGUCAGGCUGACCACUCUCUCCACUACAUCCCCCCUGUAUACCUUUGACCAAAUCACACGCUCAGUUCCUGACUGGGCUCUGAUCCCCGAUCCGGAUGCCACCGCUCUGCCAGAUGAGGACUUUGUGGACUACGACAAAGAGAUUGCCCCUGGCCAGGUGGAGGCCCACCCACAGAGACCUGAGGAGACCGAGGCAACAGAGGAACCAGAGACCGGCACCGACUUGGCUUAUUCUGUGGAGGCCAGCACUGUGAACGUCAGAGAUCUCCUGCCAUGUUCCACCAGUGUGUGUCUGAAUGGAGGCUCCUGCUACAAAAGAGGAGUCCAGAACAUCUGCGUCUGUGCACCUGGAUACACUGGGCAACGCUGUGAAACAGAUGUCGAUGAGUGCCAGUCCAACCCAUGUCUGAAUGGAGCCACCUGUCUGGAUGGGGUCAACUCCUACACCUGCCUCUGCCUGCCUAGCUAUGCUGGAGAGCUCUGCGAACAAGAUACGGAGGUGUGUGGAUUUGGUUGGCAGAAGUUUCAGUCACACUGCUACAAGUACUUCACACACCGUCGCACCUGGGAUGCUGCAGAGAGGGAGUGUCGGCUGCAUGGAGCUCACCUGGCCAGCAUCCUGUCACAUGAGGAGCAGCUCUUUGUUAAUCGUCUGGGCAGUGACUACCAGUGGAUCGGCCUCAGUGACAAGAUGUUUGAGAGGGACUUCAGAUGGACCGAUGGCAGACCUAUGCAAUACGACCACUGGAGGCCCAACCAGCCCGACAGCUUCUUCCAGUCAGGAGAGGACUGUGUGGUGAUGAUUUGGCAUGAGGGAGGACAGUGGAACGAUGUGCCCUGCAACUAUCACUUGACCUUCACCUGCAAGAAGGGAACAGUGUCAUGUGGCCAGCCCCCCAUGGUGAAGGAUGCUCGAGUGUUUGGGCCCAUGAAGCCUCGCUAUGAGAUCAACUCGCUGCUCCGCUAUCACUGUAAACAGGGCUUCAUCCAGAGACACGCUCCGACUAUACGCUGCCAGUCCAAUGGCCAAUGGGACAUGCCCAAAGUCACCUGCACCAGCCCCGCAACCUACCACAAGUCAUUUACUCUCCGGCGCCGCAGCAACCAGAACGAGCAACAACAGAGGCCCUUUAACCACCACAUCCAUCACUCCAAGAGUCAUGAGAAACACAAUCAGAACCAGGAGCAGCAGCAGGAUUAUAACAUCCUGCAAAACCUCUGGAAUCCUUUCCAGAGUCGAGUCCAGAAGCUGCUGAGGGAGAAGAGGCAACUGCAGGCUCAAACACACACCCAGGACCAGAUGAGACACUGAUGGGAUUUGUAGGUUUGCAAACCAGAUCUGCGGUGGUAACCAGUCACAGCAGGCUGGCUAUGUCAGUCCAGAGGCAUCGAUAGACAGACCGAGUGUUGUUGCACUGAACUGUCUAUCAAUUUCUCUCUGAAGGAUGAGGGAGACGCCUCAUCAGUACAUUGUCCACAAACACUCGAGGAUCUGAACCAUAACACUAGUGACGAUUUAGUUUCAUUGGUAAAGUUAGCUCAUUGAUUAAAUAAGUCUCUCCAUUAUGUAACAGUGCUCAGGUUACUGAUAUACUUGCUUUUACUGUUGCGAAUACUUAAACGGUCAUCAUUGUUCACAUGCUUGUAUACUUUGUGUUGGAGUAUAAAAGUAGGGGGCAGAUUUGCACUUAAUCAUGCCUAACAAUCCAAACAAUUUGGACAAUAUUUUUAAAAGUCAUAGUGUGGAUUACAAUAUUUUUUAUGCCUCUAGUGGAUACUUCUACACAAACUACGAUCAGGUUUUUUUGUGCCAUGAUACACUCUACACAGGCUCUCUAGAAAAUGUUCACGGAAUCGCUUGACAGCAAGAAGACGAGCUGCUUUAUUAUUUAUUGUUGUGUUAGACUGAAAAACAUGACAAAGACUUGGACACUUUGACUUGGUCUCAGCCUCCCAUCACCUGUGUGUGUCAUGUUAGCUUGUGGAGGAAAAUGUUAUUUCUGCUACAAUUUUAGCUUUUCUUGGACUGAAAGGAACCUGGUUUUCUUUAUUGUUUUAUUGGAUUCAAUCUUCACUUUGCCUUGGUUGCUUCAGACUUAGCCUUGACUCAGUCUCAACUCUUUUAGAACAUGACUUUGACUCCUUUUGGACUUGACCUUGACUCAGCCUCGACUCAUUUGGGACUCAACCUUGACUCAACCUUAACUCCUUUUGGACUCAGCUUUGACAUCUUUUGAGCUUGGCCAUAACUUGGAUUUGCUACUUUUGGACUCUGCCUUAACUCAAACUUGACUCCUUUAAAUUUGGCCUUGAUUCAGAUUCAGCUGCUUUCAGACUCAGCCUUGACUCCUUUUGAACGUGGCCUUGACUUAAAUUUAAGUUCUUGUGUGCUCAAGGUACUACAAGGUAGUCUUGAGUCUACCUUGACUCAGACUUGAAACCUUUCAGAUUUGGCCUUGAGUCAGCCUCGACUCCUUUCAGACUUGCCUUCACUCCUUGUAGACUUGGCUGUGACUAGAAUUCAAAUAUUGUUGGAUUGUUGGACUCAGUCAUGACAUGGCCUUGACCAAGACUUUUGGACUUGACCUCGGCUCUGAUUUGACUCCUUUUAGAUUUGGCCUUGAGUCAGACUCAACUCCUGUUUAGUUUAUCUGUGGAUGUGCAGUCGGCAUCCUUAAUGUGCAGAGAGACCAAACUGCCUCAGGUUUUGAUUUUAGCCUGGGAUGUCUGGAUAGAAUCUGUAUGGAGUCUUGUGAACUUCAGUAGUUUCAGACAUUUACACAAAAAUAUUUGGCCUUCCAACAGAUAAUGCUUUAUGACUAUAUCUUCAAAACUUUCCAUCAUUGUUGGUGUGAUCUAGAUCUGCCCCCACACUCAUAUGCUGAGUGGUAUCUCAGAAAUGCAUUUAUUAAUGAAGACAUGUUCACCCAACUCGCCCAGUGUGGUAUGCAUGUGUGAACAUGUACUUAAAAGCAAGUAUAUCAGCAGCUCAAAGGGGAAGACUUAGGACUUUAAGGCUUAUGCCACACAUCGUCAGUGACACUUCAGCUUCAUCAGCUUUUUUGUCACUAAAUAAAACCUGUCAGCCCAGUGCCUUAUGUGAAAUUAUUUUAAAGCAGCCCUGUGGAGGAUUUUGACAGCUGUGACCACGUUUAUCUGUCACGUGACAGGUCGUAAUUGUAUAUAACAGAUGAAUAUAGUCACUAUAUUGUCAGCCAUUAGUUUGUGGAUUAUCAUUUUGAAGCCUUACGUUUGGAAUUUAGACAUCACCAAAUAGUUUUUCUUUUCGAGGACACUACACACACUGAUAUUGUCAAAGUUGCUCCACCCUAUAACAUACCCUGCUUUAUCAUCUAUUUUCCCCUAGAUGGGAGCAUCCUUUACCAAAUUGACACUGUACUGUAUUGAAGAAGACUUAAAACAAGCAAUUAAGACCACAGAAAAUGUUUAUGGAGGUAACAAAUCUGAAGUAGGGUCAUUUUCUCAUCUAUACAAUUGGACUUCUUUUUGUAACCAGAAGAUUCGUCCCCUGCCGGCUGUUAGAAAGAAUGCAGGUUUAGCACACCACUGAGGCUACUUCCAUCUUUUGUAGACAGUCUAUGGUAGCAAUGCUCCUCCUAGAGUUUCCUGUUUGCUAGUUACAUUUCUUUCUACAUUAUCUAGAACACUCAAUCAGUGAAUGGCAUGAAACUAAUAGCGGUACAAUAAAAUUGCUCCAUAGCAUGAAUAGUAGUCUAAAACUCCACAGGGUACCUUUAAUUUCCAAUAAUAUGGCACAUGUGAACGGCAGUUGAAAUAUCUGUGGUUUAUCUUUGUACAAGCUAGCCCAGAUAAUGGUAUUGAUGGAAAAUGAAAAAGGAAAAAUUCAUCACUUUAAAUUAUUAUCACGGAACAUUUUCAGUUUUGGUUUGUGCUACUCAAAUUAGUACAACCUAGUUUUUGCUGGUUGAUUUCCCAUGUAGAUUUUUGUACAAAAUGUUUUAGCUUAAAAAAAGGUUUUUAAAAACAGAGACUUAAUGCACACAGAGGGGCAGUAGAUUAUUAUGAAUGUGUGGUGUGCGUGCUGGGGCUAUUAAUCAUAGGAUAUAUAAUAUAGAUACUAUAUGAAGCCAUAUGAAUUUAACUUAUUGCAUACUUUAAAACUAUGAAUAGACUGUGAUAUUAAAUAAAGGUCAUUGGAACUGAAUGAUUCUGUUAAUGAUGACUUCCUUGCUGUUUACAGAUUCUUGUCAAGUUGCUUCUUUCUCUGACAUUACACAUUCUACGUCAUGUAGAGUUUUUCGUUAGCAAAGUUAGCUUGAUGCUUUUUAUUGUGCUUAAAAUCAAUCUCCAUUAAAAUUCUCCUGAUUGUUUCGACAUUAUUAAGUUGUCAUCAGCUACAUUUGUGUUGCUUUUUGCUACAGAUCUGGAAUCUGUUUUUCAUCCAAGGAUUAAGGCAACGUGAAAGAAGCACAUAGAGACACUAACUACAUGCUCCACAAGAUUUUUUCAAAUUCAUUUUGCUUUAUUCUUUUCAUGUUUUUCAUACAUCUUCCUUUUUUUAAAUAUAUAUAUAUAUAUAUCAUAUGUCGAUGUAUCCAGUGUGCAUUUUUUUGCUUUUCUACACCAUGUGGUUAAUAGGGUUUACUGUAUCUGUGGCACAAAAUCUUUUUAUGUAAUCACUGUUGCAUUGUCAAAAUGCUCAUCACCCUGUUUUCAAUAUCAUUGUGAGCUGUGUGUGUGCAAUAAUAGGAGCUGUUAUAACACAACCUGUCCUGCUUGUACAAUUUUAUUUUACACUUAUUUCUUUGUUUUUCUUACUGUCAAAAAUCCCCCCCAAUUUCCUUCUACAGCAAAUGUGUAAUGUGAAAGAUUUUGCCCACAGUAAACCUGAGCCUACACCGUC